AGAAAUGAUAAUUGAUCACCUGCUCCUCCUGUAAAAUCUUUUGUUAUUUUGUUUUUGUGGCAAAAAAAAAAAAAAAAGGGUUUUAUAUAUGCAUGGUUAAGCAUUUUGUACAGAGUAACGGAGGAGUAGUUCCUUGCGUGAUUGUGCAGCCUGAGGUUCUUAAAGUAGAUAAUUAUGAAAAGUGGCGCAUUUUCAUGCAACACUAUUUAGUGGCUCAAGACCUUUGGGAUGUGGUUUUAUCAAGCGAGAUGGCUGAUGGAGAAGACCCAAGGGAGUGGAUUAAAAAGAAUGCCUUCGCUCUAUAUGCAAUUAAGAUUUCAUGUGGAGCAGAAAUGUUUGAUCAGGUUAAAGAGAUUAAUUCAGCCAAAGAUGCUUGGAAUGCAUUGGCUGACUUGCAUAAACAACCAAAUGAAGAUGGGAACGAAGAUACAGGCUUCGAGAUUCUUGAGAGGAAACAAACCGUGACAUUGCUCAAGGACAUAGAAAAGGAGGAUUCUGAUGCUGUAAAUGAACUCUUGGAAACACCUUCUUCGUAUUCUGCAAGAGUAUUAGAAGACGGUUCCACUCUUCUUCAUGUUGCAAUUGUUGCUGGCCAGGUAGAGUUAGCUAAGAGACUGAUUUCGGUGACGUCAGAAGAAGGGUUGGAAAUACCAAAUAAGCGCGGUAUGACAGCUCUCUCCUUGGCUGCUUGUAAGGGAAGCAGACAGAUUGUAGAAUGUUUGGUUGGAAAGAAUGGAAGAUUGCUUGAAAUCCCAGAUUGCGAGAAGAAGAUCCCACUUGUAUUGGCAUGUGCCACACACCAUCUGUGUUUGACCCGUUAUCUUUAUUCGGUGACACCUAUUAAAAUUCUUGAUCCAGUAAAUGGGGACCAUGGAUUCUUCCUCCUCAAAGAGUGUUUAAGGAACCAUAUGAUCGAGAUGGGACUGGAUCUGCUGCGCAAAUUUCCAGAUUUGAUAUUUCACAAAAGCUCUUUGGAACCAACCCCUAUUAUUUCAGAGUUGGUCCAAAUGCUAUCAUCAUUGUUUGCUGGGUGGGAAUGGCGAUUUUGUUGGUUGCGGGCAUCUAAGCUAGAGUACGACCGCGCCCAUGCCCGUGAGAUGGUACAUUUCAUAUGUUACAAACUGUCAACUUUAGAAAGAGACCAACUUAUAGGAAGCGGAGCAGUGGAAGCUACCUUCAAGGCUAUCAAGCUUGGCUACCUUGACUUUGUAAAACAAAUUACAGAAGCUAAUCCUGACAUAGUUUGGAGCCAUGAUCCCGAACACUCAAGAGACAUGCUAAUGUAUGCUGUAGCACAUCGUCAAAAGGAAAUUGCCGAGUUUCUUUAUGGACUCAAUGCGUGGAGGAGCAUGACGAGGUUUGCCACAGAUGACGACCAAAACAAUAUGUUACAUCUGGCCGCAAAGUUAUCUCCCAGCUCUCCCUGUAUUCAUCAUUUCCCUGAUCCGGUUCUCCAUAUGCAAAGCGAAGCAUGGUGGUUUAUGGCGAUUGCAGACAUUGUUCCAGCAUUUUAUGAAGAACAGAGAAAUAAAGAUGGCGAAACUCCUUCAGAAAUGUUUAGGAGAGAACACCAGAAUUUACUUAAAGAAGGUCAAAGGUGGGUAAAAGAGACAGCAAAUUUUGCCGCAAUUAUAGGCACUCUCAUCGUUAGCAUUAUGUUUGCAGCAGGUAUUACUGUUCCUGGUGUUGCCUCCUCCUGAAAGAUUUGGCCAUUUCUCCAUAACCAUAAGGACCAUACAAUGCAAAACCAGACCACUGCCCACGCCUUCUGUAAGCAUUUGCUAGAUAUUAAGCCAAAAUGUUGUGACAUAUGUUUCCAGCCUGCUCUUUGUGAUACCACCUGUAUGCCCUACCAAUUGUAGCAUGAAGUCCAAAUCAGCCAUGAUUUUUCACAUUCAAAAAAUAAAUGAUCUGUGGUCUCAGUCACUUGUCCACAUUGUGCACAGGAGGAGUCACUAUUCUGAAUUUUAACUCCUCUCCUAAACAAAUUUUCCUUUGUGGGUAUUCUAUCUUGUACUGCUCUCCAUACAAUGGCUGUCACUUUAAAUGGAACGUGCUUAUUCCAAAUUGUUGUGUAAACAGCAGCUUCUGCUUCCCUUGGUUUUGAUGACAGCAUUUUAUAUGCCGAUCGUACUGAAUAUCCUUCCUUGUGUCCAUUUUUCCAAAUCCAAUUGUCUUGUUGCCCUUGUUUUAUCUGCACUCCUUAUAAUUCCAACUGAAGUUCCUGCAAAAGAUUAUGUUCCCAUGCAAAAAGAGGCCUCCUCCAUCUCCAUCUCCAUCUCCAUUGCCACUCCCUUUCACUCCAAUCUCCCAUAUCAGAAAUUAAAGCAUCCUUAUCCUU